UGACAAUUGACAGUAUUUGACAAUUGGCAUCGCCCAACUACCAAAAUCCAAAGUUUAAUCAAGAAUUCAAGAAUCAAGGUUAAAAUAUAUAUAGAACAUUUAGAGGCUUGUAUUAUGAGUUUAGUUAUAAUUUAAUUUUAUAAAUGCGUAUGUUGCAAUGUCAUCAAUGUUAGCAAUUAUAAUUUUUAGUCAUCAGACUCGCACGAUUUCAAAUAAUUGUCAAGAAAAUAUGCCCUAAACCCUUUAUUAUUGAAGAUUUAACUUGUUUUUGUAGAGAUAUAGCGUUUUGACUCUUGCACCAAUGAAAUGCAAUAUACGUGAACUUGCUCUUCUGAGCGACAAACCUUGUGUUUUAGAAGGGAGAUUAAACUAUAAAAAGGUUUCAAAUGGAAGUUACCGCAAUCAAGCAGUUUUUAAGGAGAGAUGGUUUCGACUUAUUAACAAUUAUUUGUUUUAUUUCAAAAUAAGUGAAAUGGGAAAGUUUGACACGAGAAAUCCUGCUGGAAUGUUUGUUUUAGAAAAUUCUUCCAUACAAAUGGAACAUGGACAAAGUAUAUCAUUUUCGUUUUCUAUAUCAUUUAUAGAUGAGCCAGAAAAAAGACAUAUAUUUGCUGCCCGUAGUGAAGAUAAUGUGGUCCAAUGGGUUAUGAAGCUACGCCAAUGUUCUUAUGAGUAUCUAAGAAAUCGACUUCAUACCCUGCAGUCCAAAAUAUUUUCAAUUACUGGCAAGGAUCCUCUCUUGUUGGUGCCAAGAAAUGAUGGUGCUUGUUUAUGGGCUCCGGCUGAACCAUUUUCACCGGUUCCUGCUUGCACAUUGAAUACUACUUCAUUUAGUUGUCAUCUUCAUACCAAUGGUGCCUUCACACUUGAACGGAGUAAAUCUGAUGUACAAGCACAUAAACAUUUACAUGCAGAGUCUAUGAACAAAACUACUUUUUAUGUAAGUGACCAGACUAAACAGGAAGAUACUAAAGUGGACCAAAGUUAUUCAUUAGAAAAAAGUAAAACAUCAUCAAUCUUAGCUGGUAAUUUAAAUCCUAUUGAUAUUUCAAUUUUUGAUAAUCGUCCUGCAUUUUCUCGGGCUGCUCCAAGCCCCCCAGUGCGAAAGAAAAUUUCAAUAGGAAGCAGAAACAUUGAAUUAAACAAAGAAGUGAGAUUGUUCACAGAUAAAAGUAAAAAUUUCGGACAAAUAGGAAUUUUGGAUGUACCAGUUCCACCCAAAAGAAAAAUGUCUCCAAAACCUGUAGAUAAUAAUAGUGCAGAUAAGAACAAUGUUUAUCCUAGUACAGACAUUUUACAAGAUAAAGCUAGUGAAGACCUUAUUAAAUUUUAAUUGUUUCUGUAUCUGGUAUAGUUGCAUUAAUCCCACCAAGUAUUUUUUAGAAAACUCUUGCCUCCUACAAGAGAUAGAUACAUAGUAUUUCUAUAUUUUUAUAUAAAUUAAUUUCAUGUUUUUACAUUGUGAUAUGAAUAAUUAUUGUGUAGUAUCUUGUAUUAAGAAAUAUAUCUACUAUAUUUUUAUAAUUAAAAAUAAUUAGCAAAGUGUGAAUCAACAUUUUAGAAAUAACAUUUUACACAGUCAUGUACACAGCUAGUAUGUUUAGAUAUGUUCUGUCAUGUGUUUAUUACAGUUCAAUUUGUAGUUUUGAAUGUGCAGCAACAGACUGGCGAUGAAGUUUAUAUUUUUUGUAGAAAUACAAUAAUGACCUAAGCAUACCUAAUACAUAAAUAAUUGUAUGUAAAAAGAUGGUAACAACAUUAUUGUAUAUUUACCAGUAUUAGUAUAAUUGUCUGUCCUGAACUAUAUGUCCGUAAGGACUGUGAAAUUUUUAUUUAAAAUGCGCUUGCGUUCAAUAUGAUUCAGUUUUAAUUAUAGUCAUUGACAUGUCAAUAUAUGUAUAAAAAAAGGUUUACAGCACAUGGUUCUGGCCAUAAAAAAAAACAUAUAGGGAAUAUGAUUUAUUACAAUAUUUUUUAAUUAUUAACCAAGAUAAUUAUUUGUUUUAAAAUUUUUUAACGCUUCCCAAUGAUUGUGGUUAUUAUGUAGAUACAUGUUAAAUGGUUCAAUUUAAUUCUAUCAUAACACUCGCCAACUCUUGUCAAAAAAAUAAUAAAUAAUUAAUUUGGCAAAUGAAAAUAUUAUUGAUGUAACUUUAAUAAUAUUGUAUCACGAUCACAGAAUUAUAGUUCGGUAGGAUCAGCAAAAAAAAAUAGCUUAUGUGUAUUGUAGACAGUUUCCAGCAGUGGUGCUGGUUAUCUUGAAGCAAAAACUUAGUUGCUUAGACAGGUUUUUCCUAAUCUAGUCAACAAUAGUUUUAUUGUUAAUGCUAUUAAUAUAGGUACUGGUUUAAGCUGUCUAGCUCGUAUUUAUCACCGUAAUAUGCUUAUUCCAUUUAUUUCCACAAAAAGAAUUCAUGAAAAGUACUUUAUACAAAUGGACUA